UCCUGCGUCCUAGCGCUCGGCGACAGCGAACGAACAGACUGGCGUCGCGAGGCUGUGGCAAAGAAGAAGGGGAAGAGGGGUGGGCAGCGGGAGCUGGAGCUUGAGCUGCAUUGGCUUCCCCCAUUGUCAAUGCUGCGCAGCAGUUUUGCCUGCUGGGAUCCCCGCCACACUUGCACUGGACACCGCGGCCCUAUCCACAGCUCGGGCGAGGCGGCAGGCCGUUCAGCCUGUUGUCUUGAUGGUAAUAUCUCUCAGCACCACAGAAAUUCGACCGCAAACGUUGAAGCGCCGUCCUGGGCGGGCCCUCUGAGCAACCUAUUUGCAAAUGCCAAGCCAAAGCGGUUCCGUAACGGCCACUGUCUCCAGGCUUCUGGAUGUGUUCUGGAGCUGAGCAUCGUGGGAGUGAGAGUGGAAGAGCCCCACCUGAGCGGUUCUCUUGCUGAAGUUUCUGGAUCCUCUUCCUGCACCAUGUUCUCAAUUUGGCUCAGUUGCCCAUCUGGCCUCUGCUUCAAAGAAAGCUUCGCUUCGCGUUGCUUUGGGUCUCUGUACGCUGCACGGAUCCAGAUACAGAUACAGGGCCCAUUGACCCCUCAAUCUCCAUCAGAGUGUGGCAUCUCGCUGCUGAAGCUCCGGGGCUUCCUCGCAGACAUUAGGCGCGGUGGGGUGUCGACGUCGACCUCUGUCGAUUUCUCUCACUUGUCAAGUUUUCGGAGCAGAUCUUUCAUCUGUGGCUGGAUUGGGUUUUACUCUUCCAGGAAUUGAUGGACAUUGGCCAAAAUCAACGAGAAUCGGAGGUUGCACUGCCUGCGUCAUAUUCAGUGAUUGAAAUGACUCGGACUUGGAGACAACUUCUCCACGGACCCUUACAGUACACUGCGAGUUACAGAGUACAUCUCGGAGUCUUUGCGAACGUUGGAGGAGCGAGUUCAGGCCACGAAACAACGGGGGGCCAAUGAGACAAACUCCCGUCCCUCUCUCACUCGGCCGACACGCC